AUGGGCGCUCCUGUCGAAGCCAUCGGCGUCUCAGCCAGACGGGCCGAAUUGGCUGGGAACAAAGUUGGAUGGCGUGGUUUGGUUAGCAGCAAAAAGACCUUUGGAAUUGCGCUGUUUGCCUCAUUGGGAGGGUUGGUUUAUGGAUACAACCAGGGAAUGUUCGCGCAGAUCUUGACUAUGAGCUCUUUUAUCAAAGCUACACAAGGAUACGCUGCAGAACCUGGCAUCGGCCAAGGAAUGCUUACAUCGAUUCUCGAACUGGGAGCGUGGGUUGGUACACUGUUGAACGGAUACCUGGCUGAUGCUCUUGGACGGCGCGUUACGGUGGUCGUUGCUGUUGUUAUCUUCUGCGUGGGUGUUAUUGUGCAGGCAUGCACUAUGAGCCCCGAUUAUGUGUAUGCCGGCCGAUUCGUGACUGGUUUGGGCGUUGGUAAUCUGAGUAUGAUUGUGCCGUUGUAUAAUGCAGAGCUGGCACCUCCUGAAAUCCGCGGCUCACUAGUCGCCGUGCAGCAACUCGCCAUCACCUUUGGCAUCAUGGCUAGCUUCUGGAUCGGCUACGGCACAAAUUACAUCGGCGGCACCGGCAGCACCCAAUCCAUCGCAGCCUGGGAAAUCCCCGUCUGCAUCCAAAUCCUCCCUGCCCUCCUCCUCGCCUUCGGCAUGAUGCUCUUCAUGCCCCAAUCCCCUCGCCACCUAAUGAACACUGGCCGCGAGGAAGAAUGCCUGCACACACUCGCGCGGUUACGCGAUACAUCAGCCGACGAUUUGCUUGUUCGGAUUGAGUUCCUGGAGAUCAAAGCGUUGCGGAUGUUUGAGGUUGAGACGGCGAGGAAGAAGUAUCCACAGUAUCAGGAUGGGUCGUUUAAGAGUCGGUUUAUGAUUGGGGUGAGGGAUUAUAUGUCGCUUGUUACGGAUAAGUCGUUGUUCAAGAGGACUUCUGUUGCGUGCUUGAUUAUGUUUGCGCAGCAGUUUAAUGGCAUCAAUGCAAUCAAUUACUACGCCCCCCAAAUUUUCGCAAACCUGCACCUCGGCCAAAACACAACUUCUCUCCUAGCAACAGGCAUAGCUGGAAUUUUUGAAUUCGUCUUCACCAUCCCCGCCGUCCUCUGGGUCGACAACGUGGGCCGGCGAACGAUUCUAAUCGCUGGCGGAAUAGGGAUGGCGGUAUGCCAUUUCAUCGUUGCAGGGAUUAUCGGGUCAUAUUCGGGGAAUUUCGAGAAUAACCCUGGGGCGGGGUGGGCUGCAGUUGUUUUUGUAUGGAUUUUUAUCAUUAAUUUUGCGUAUUCGUGGGGGCCUGUUUCGUGGAUUAUCGUCUCGGAAGUGUUUCCCCUAAGUAUGCGUGCUAAGGGUGUGAGUAUCGGUGGAAGUAGUAACUGGCUGAACAAUUUCGCCGUCGGCCUCUUCACUUCCCCCUUCAUCAAAGCCUCCGACUACGGCACCUUCAUUUUCUUCGGCUGUAUCACGACUCUCGCCGUGUUAUAUGUGUUCUUCUUUGUCCCCGAGACCAAGGGCCGGACGCUAGAGGAGAUGGAUGAGAUUUUCGGGGCGCAAGGAGUUGCCGCGGCAGAUCAGGCAUUGAAGAGGAGUAUUGAGCGGGAGAUUGGGUUGUUGGCGCUUUUGGGUGGGGAUGGGCCGGAUGAGGAGGUGAAGGAGAAGAGUGGGGUGGAUGGCGAUGAAGUCAAGACUGGGACUGGGAUCGUGGAGAAGAAGUAG